GUGCGCGAGGCGGGCAGCGAGCCCUUAGUUUCGCUAGUGUUUCUAGACAGCAGAAGUGCAAAUAAUCGAUAAAGGUUGUUGUUGCUGUUCUGGUUGGACUGGGGAAGGUUCCCUCCAAUUUACUUAAUUAUUUGCUUAACUUUCAGCGCGGCCUUGCAGUCAGGGAAAAGCUGUCAGCAGGUUUUUCCAACACUGAGUCUGAGAUGACAGGUUCUCCCCCUCUUCCACCACCUACUACACUUCCACAGGCUUAGUGGAAAAUUUUGUCAAUGGCACAGAGGGAUGCUUCCAGAAGCAGGCAUUUUUCACUUCCCUUGGGAAAUCAGUUCAGGAGCACUUGGGGAUGGGACAGCGGUGAGGACGUUCGGCAGAUGCUGCGCUCGCUGUCUGUCCCCCCUUUUCUCUAGAUUGGUCUCUUACCGGGCGGAAGAUUCAUUGGCCGUCCUUUCUUCCCAGCAUGCAUCGGCCCAGUAUGAGGUUCUGAUUCACACCGCCUUUGUGGAGCCGUUUCAUCCGCAAGUUGGAACCCAGUACGUAGCUCUGGGAGAGCUUGAGAGCAAGGAGGGGAUUGGUGUAGUUGUGCGUGCUCGUGUGCUGAACUGUGUAGAAGGGAUAAACCUUGCCUUACUGCAGCGUGCUGUCACUGAACAGAGAAGAUACUUCGAGGAAAGAGAGUGUGAAACUGCAGCACAGCCUCCUCCACUCUGAGAUUCCCUGUGAAUUCUUUAAUGCCACACAGUUACUCAUUUAUUUUGCCCAGAGAAAUAUUAAGAAAUGGAAUACUUAAAUGUAACAAAGACUAUGUAUGAUAACAGUAUCUGGAUGAAAGAUUUAAUUAAAAAAGAUGGUUUCCGUCACCACA